AUGGGCGCCUAUUCAAGGUACAACCAGAUUUUCAUGGACCCUGCUGAUAGCGAGCAUACGACAUUUAUUACCGACCGCGGGUUGUACUGUUACAAUGUUAUGCCUUUCGGCUUGAAGAAUGCAGGGGCAAUGUACCAAUGGCUCGUCAAUCAGAUUUUUGCUAAACACAUCGGCGACAUUAUGGAGGUGUAUGUUGACGACAUGUUGGUGAAAAGCCGAACGGUAGGGGGGCAUCUGGAAAACUUAGCCCUCAUGUUCGGUAUACUGAAAGACUACCGAAUGAGGUUGAACCCAACGAAGUGCGCCUUCGGUGUAUCGUCGGGGAAAUUUCUUGGAUUCAUGAUCAGCCAAAGAGGAAUCGAGGCCAACCCGAGAAAAUCAAAGCCAUAA